AAUAAAUAGCAUUGUAAUACACAAAUUAACCAUCAGUUAAGCUUAGGCCAGCAGUUUGUGUGCACAGUGCAAUUAAUUAAUUAGGGGAAGCUCCGAGCUUGAAGAAGAAAAAAUCAACGAAAAUGUUCCUGAAGAGUAGUGCCCUAGUGUUUGCCGUGGUCGUUCUGGCCGUCUCGGCUGCGGCUGCCAACACCAAGGAGGAACAGCAGAUGAUCAGCCUGAUAAACGAGAUCGACAGCGAUGCCAGCUUCCCGCUGUUUGGAGGGUUGAGCAUCGAGCGGUCCGGCGAGUCCGGCGAGCGAUCCUUCGGAGCCGCCGCCGAUGAAGAUCUGGCCGGACGUGCCGUCCGCUUCCUGAACACCCACACCGUCAAGUUCAACGUGCCGGCUACCGAAAACGAGGGUCGCCAGAUGGAAGAUGCCCGCAGCAGCCGCCUGAAGAAGGUGUUCCUGCCCCUGCUGCUGGCCCUGAAGCUGAAGAUGUCGAUCGUGCUGCCCAUUCUGCUCACCAUCAUUAAGCUGAUCUCGCUCAAGGGACUGAUCGCCGGUCUGAUGGCCCUCAAGUUCUCCAUCUUCACCUUCCUGAAGGACCUGUUUAACAAGAAGCAGGAGCGCGUGACCACCGCCUACAUCACCAGUGCCCAGCCCGUCAACGCCGAGAUCGUCCACCAGGACUGGCACCGCAACGGACAGGCCUCGCCCCAGGAGCUGGCCUACGGAGCCUACAACCCUUACGCCACGCUGCAGUAAAGAGAGCAAAACCAAACCCGCCCGAACCCGAGAUUACCCUUAAGACGAGUUAAGACUUACAUCGACGGUGCCUUCCCAGUCUGCGUCCUAUUAUGUUAGCGUUAUUUAAGCACAACCCACCAACAGCAUAGAACCAACCCCCUCCUUUUCCACUUCCAAGACAUUUGCUCAAAUCAUGCACCGAGUUAAUUUAUUUAUUUAAUUUAUUUAAAGUUACCUUCUCCCUCGUUGCGCACUGUCUGUGGUGCUUACGAUGCUUCCUUAAACCAUCAACUGUCAUAUUUCCUUCCCGCCCAACCUCAUUCACGCAAUCGUUUUUUGUUAGGAAUCGAUUGUUGUUGAGUGUGUACAUAUGCACGAACCGAGAAAUAAAUCACAAACAGUAACGAAUGUAA